GGUACUGCAAAAUUCUCCUGGGUCUUGUGCAGCACCAUACCACCAAUUCAAACCCAAAGAGCUCCUAGAUAGAUUUCAAACAUAUGGGCUGUUCUUCGUCGAAGGUAAAUGAUAAUGACGACGACGACGCCGUCCGAAUUUGCAGGGAUAGGAGGAAUUUCAUCAAACAAGCCAUCGAGCAAAGAAACCGAUUUGCUUUUUCCCACGUCGCGUAUAUUCAUUCCCUUCUUCGAGUCUCCUUUGCUCUUUGUUAUUUCUUCGAAGGCGAUGAGCGCCGCCAUUUCUUGAAUUUCGAUACGAGCAUCCCAUCUAAACCUGCGGAAAUUUUGGUCCCUGAAAAAAUGAUGCUUGCUAAACAAUCCGAGGGGAUCUCUCUCACUGUGAAUUGCUUGAGAUCAGUAGGAAAUCCAUUAAUCACUAUGGAGCAAUGGUGGCCUCAAUCUCCGGAAACCAUUAGACUCGAAUCUUAUUACCCUAUUGAUCUUCGAGAACCUGAUACGAGAACGAACCCGCCAUUCUUUUCGUCUCCUUACAUUGCACAAAACUACUUACAAGAACCGCCUCAGUGGGACUUCUGGAACCCUUUUUCACCAACAGAUGGAUAUGGAUAUACCUUUCAGAGUACUCCCGACCGUUUGAUUACUGAUGAAGGGCUAAGGCAGGCUCGGGAAGACGAGGGAGUUCCUGAUCUGGAAGAAGAGGCAGAAGAAGAUAACAAGAAGAUCGAGAGCUCUCCGGUUUACUCGAGGAGCAACAGCAAAGCUAUCGAUAAUGGAGAGCCCUGUGAAGCGGAAAACAAAACGGAGGAUGCAAAUGAAGGACAGGAAUUGAAUACACAUCCAAUAAACAGAUCGAAUGCCUCAGAGGAACGAAGAACGGUGGAGGUAAAUAACGAGCGGAGGAGGAUCGUUGGAAGUGCGCAAGUCGGCGAAGAAGAAACUCGUGGAUUCGUAGUAUAUGUUAAUAGUAGACCGACGAGCAUGGCGGAGGUCAUGAAGGAUCUCGAGAGCGAAUUUGCGAAAAUUUGUGAUUCUUCUAGCGAGGUCUCUGUACUGCUAGAGACAACAAGAACAACGGAACGAUUCCCAAACUUACCUCGAGCUUCUACUUCUCCAAACAACAUUGGCAACGAGAGCGGUGGCGAUAACACGGAGGAAUCUUUGGAGAUAUUCAAGAGCCACAAAUCAACAUUGGAUAGGUUGUACAUGUGGGAGAAGAAGCUGUACGAGGAAGUGAAGUUAGAGGAACAAAUACGGUACGCGUACGAGAAGAAAUGCAUGCAGUUGAAGAAGCAGGACGAGAACGGAGCAGAACCUUCUGCCGUCGACAAGACGAGGGCGGCGAUAAGAGAUCUGCAAACUAAGCUGAGAGUUUCGAUAAGCGCGAUCGAGUAUAUAUCGGAACGAAUCGAAGUUCUGCGAGACGAGGAGCUGCACCCGCAACUUGUGGAGCUGAUAAAAGGGUUAGCGCGGAUGUGGCGAGCCAUGGCGGAGUCGCACCGGAUCCAGAGGCGCACGUUAGACGAGGCCAAGCUCCUCCUCUCCUCCUCCGCCGCCGCGAGAGAGGCGGCGCCGCCGCGGCGAACCCACCGCGCCGCCGCCGUGCUCGCGGCGGAGCUCCGCGUCCUGCGCGCCUCCCUCGCGUCCUGGGUCGGCGCCCAGCGCGCCUACGCCGCCGCCCUCGCCGGGUGGAUCUCCCGCUGCGCUCCGCCGCCGCUCCCCGGCCCGGUGCCGGCGCCGCUGCCGCCGCCGCCGGUGUACGGGAUGUGCGUGGCGUUGGCGCGGGUGGUCGAGGGGGUGAGGGAGGAGGCGGCGGCGGAGGCGAUCGAGUCCUUCGCUGCGGCGGCGGCGAAGGCGGCGGCUGAGGGGCGGAGGCGGCGGAGGGGGGAGGAGACGGAGGUGGCGGAGGGGGAAGGGGAGAGGGCGGUGGCGGCGGGUGCGGCGGAGGCCGUGGGUGCGGCGGCGGAGCUCGCGGGGGCGGCGGCGGAGGGUUUCGAGGAUUUGGUGAGGGCACUCCAACAGGAGGAAGAGGAGGAGGAGGAGGAGAACGAAAGGGCGGAGGAGGAGCGAACUCUGGUGAUGUGAAUUUAGUUUAAAAUCUUUCUAUGAUGGGUUUUAAUUCUGAUUAUUACAUAUUCCAACGGAUUCAAAAUUUGAUUUGUAAAUAUUUAUCUCAAAAGUAAUAUAUAGAUAUAUAUAUAGAGUCGGCUGAUAUGCUUAUAAAAGCACGGAACCCUCCAUGUCACGGAGCCCUCCGUGUUUUUAAGUUGUUUUCGAUGUUCGGACUUUUGAAUCGACGACCGGUUCCGUUAGAGUUGA